CAUUGGAACGGCUGUGUUUACUUGUAAGUCUUGUCAUUAGCAUAUCUUCAACUCACCACGUUAUUAACACAGCUUAUGUACCUAUGCCACCCGGUUUUCUUUUUCUUGCCUUAUGAAAGACUCAUUAUGUUGGUCGAAAAAAAAGGGAAUUCACCCGUUUAAAGCUCUCGGUAAGUUCAAGAUACGGUUUGCCGUUUGUUUAGUUGUGGUUUAAACUGGUUUCCGUGUAUAACCUUCAAGUUUGGCCUAUACGUUAUCCGAUAAUUAGAAAUUUCAUCCUAAGUUUGGAGCUGUUUAUUGAAAGCGUUUGGUUUGAAAUCAACGGUGGAUUGGAUACUGAUCUAAAUAAAUUUGGGGAAAACCUUUCUUUUUGUAUCAGCAAGCCUCAAAAACGCGCUCAUAAAUGCGUAAUUUCAGUUUCAGCGAAACAAAAGAGGACAUGUUUAGUCGAGUCGCUUAUUACGCAAAAUAUUGACAAGACCAAAGUUAAUUGCGCUAAGCUUCUUUGUUGUGUCAAAAUUUCGCGUUUGGUUAGAAAAACAAUGCUUUCUUUCUGUUUCGAAAAAGGUUUGCGUUCAUAAGGAAAUAAAUCGGCUUCCGCAUUAUUAGUAUGAUAAGAUCUAUGAAAUCCUGCGCGAAAGAAAAACAAAACAGAAUGAAACAAAAAUUGGAAAGUGAGAAACGUUUAUCAUGAUGAGAUAAAAGAAUCCUUGUCAGGGAAAGACGCUCUUCUUUUCCUACAGCUCUUACUUUUCCAACAUGCAUUAAAUUAUUCGGUGAUUACGAGUGUGCAAAUUAAGCUGUUACCACUAUAUUUCAAGAAGUAUUUUCACUCAUCAUGAAACAGAGAAAACGAAAACAAACUCAGAAAUUGGAGAUAACAGAUGUCAAAUUUCAUCGUGUCUUCCAACUUUUCAACGGAGCAAAGUUCAGCGGAUUAGAAAGUGAAAGCUGGUGAAAAGCAGUUUAACCUCAACUCCUAGAAGUGAUUAACUUGUAACUUCUCCCUAUUAUAUUCAUACAUUAUCCAGUAAACAGGUAAUAAGAAUGCUCAAAAUUAUCAAGUAGAAGUUGUGAUCUUGAUCUAACAACAAAUUCUUGUAACUAUUUAACGAGGAAACGUGUAACUGAUAGUCGGGAGAGUUAGAGGCUUAAGCCAAGGUGCCAAGGUGCUGCACAUGUGUGGUAAUCAAUUCCUAUUUGCAUAUUUUCUGUUUCGUUGCUCAUGAGUUGUUGGCGAUCUCAGCUUGGAAUACAGCACACCUUUUGAUCAUCACUUUUGCGCUUUAUUGUACCAACUCCUCAGGAUUUCUUUUCCAAUUCUUUUACGAGGUCAGGGCGGAGUGGGAAUUUUAAACCGAGAAGCGCAAGCGAGAAACCACGCGCGAGCUAAGGAAUCACACGACUUGAUGAAAACCACGCAUCAAUGAAAAAAUUGCAUGUUUUAGCUUUUGCGGAUUUUGCGGAUUGCCAUCAAUUCCUAACUUGAUAAGUUCUGGCUAGAGAAAAUGAAAAUCCGGCUAAAAAAAAACGCCCAAAUUGUUACCAUUUACAUUAAAUUAAAAACUCUGCGUGGGAAUCAAGUGUUAACGAAUCAUCUUCGUUUUCGGACUCAAUCCAAAGUAUCCGUGAAGGAAUCAUCUAGCGAGUAGCUCCCUUAUGUAAAACCUGUCAAGCCUAAAAAAUCUGAAACUAUUGCCCUCUCUAGAAAUAAUCUACCGCUUACGCAGAAAAUAACAAAGAAAAUUAUUUUCAUUAGGUGUUUAAAUCUUCUCAGAACGCAACCUUUUAGGUUACCGUAAAGUGCAGAAUAUCGCCAAUCCAAAAAGUUAAAAUUCCCGGAAAAUGCUUAUGCUAAUUAAGUGCAAAGAGGUUGAGAGCUUUUUCGCUCUAUCUCCGCGAGUGUUUGCCUGCGAUCUGCUCUUACUCUCGCGUGUCACUCGCGUUCACGCGAGGCACUUGUAACGCAGGCUGUGUAAUUUUUAUCGACGUCUCCUCCCACUAAUAAAUUUCUCCGCUAUAGUUCUGAUUGGCAGAAUUUUUCCAAAUUUAUAUCCAGCUCACUAUUUCCUCGCUUUUCCGACAUAUCAGAGGGAGCGGUUUCAUUUUAAUUAAGCUAAUUAAGAAAGUGUGGAAAAUAAAAACAAAAUCACGACAUGCGAAUUGCUGCACAAUCACUAUUAAAAAAUUCAAAAAUUUUUUCUUACAAAAUAUUGAACGAAAACGAAAGGAAACCAUUUCUUUCUUCUCCUCUUGAUCCCUGUAGAAGUCUCCAGAGAGUGCGUGACACAUUAAAUUAAUAAUUCAUGACGUCUGCUACGCAAUUAAUUUGUAAUAGGCUUACACUGCAUGAGAGGUCCACACAUAGUGUAAUAUCUCUCUGCUGUGCGUUUUGUAACUUUGACUGUGUGGUCUUACUGCGUUCUGUUUCAGGUAGAUCAAAAUACCUCGUCAACUUUUUAAUCCAGAAUCGUCAGCAGGAAAAAGACAGCCUUUCAGUAGAUGGUUUGGAAAUUAUUUCGUAACCGGUGUUGAAAUUGAAACGCUCACGAGGAUUCGCUCAUUACAGGAUGGUAUGUUCUAUUGGCUGAGAUAGUAACUGAGAUUUAUGUUCGUUGAGUACAGUACGUUGAAUUUGGCCUCGAAAUCUUUUAUUUGCUCACUUAUUGCGCUUUUUGUCGGUUCUUGAUUGAACUGUAGAUGGGAAGACCGCAACGUGUUUCCGAAACGAUUUUGCGAGCGAUUGUGUUGGCCUUCUACUGGAUUUCGUCGGCUGCGGCAAUGGAAAACAAUGAAACCUCGAACAACGCAAACAAUUCAUCGAAUGGUGGAAUGGAUAAACCUUUUAGUUGCGAGUGGAAAGAUCUGGAGUUUCCAAUCACAUUUGGACCUGGAAUUGCUUCAUCUGUGUGUAUAGUCAUCGGCGGAUUUAACUUAAUUUUAGGUGAGAAAAAAUGUUGAUACAAUUAUUUCAUCGCUUAUAAUUUCUUUCUCUAAUCGUAGACGCGUGCCGUCUAUCUUAAAAAAAAUUACGCACAACGCUGACAAGAAGAGAAAAACUUGUAAAGACAUUUUGUUGAUUUCAGAAAGCUCAAAUUACUUGAUAAUAUUCAAAACAGAACAAUGAACUAGAUUUCGCAGAGAAGAUGAUGUAAGCAGUUGUGGUUAAGAAAUAUUCUCGUCCUCAAGGGGGUUCCUCUCAAAUGAGUCAUCGCCUACACUUUCGUUCAAAUGGCAAAUAUGAACCGAUAAAGGUGGUUUGUUUUUAUCGUGGCACAGUAAUUUUCCGAUACCUUAGUGAGUCGAUAUUGUUAAGAGAUCAGCUCUAAGCUGUUUAGGACGUGUUUGCUUGUUUUCACGCGUUUUGCAAUCGGAGAUCGUUAUAGGACUGAAUAUUUUUGUUCUCGCUAACAGCAUUACCCGAGUAUUUGCACUGGCGUGUAGAAAAAAAAACAUACGUCAACUUUCUUUUGAAAUCGUUUUUACAAAAAUAUGAGGAAAAAAAUCGCGAGGCGCCGUUGUUGUGAGAUUAUCUUAUUCAUCGCUUUAAAUAAAAUGGUGGCAGAUACAACUAACGAUGUCGAAUGACUCAUUUCGCUUCAUUUACAUUUUAUUGGCUAUGAAUUCUUUUGUUUAAGUACGUAGCAAAACUUUCUUCACAACGAAAGAAAUUCAAAUUACAUAGUGGUGCACGUGAAACUUGCUUCCAUUCGUUCUUUUCGAUGCGAAAUUAGACACUGAUCAACCCGUAAUUUCAUGUCAUUUCCUGUUGAGCUGAAGCAGUUCGCAUUUAAGCUUUUGACAUGUUCCAGUUUUGUUGUUGAAUAACUCCUUGCUUCAAAACAAAGUAUUAUUCCUAAGCAACCUAAAAAGUUUUAAAAUUUACAUCUGGACGCGGUCUGAAACCCCGUCUCUGUAUAUCGCGACUGUUUUCAACGCGAAAUGCAGGAGCUUGCUGUAUAUUGUCUUGUGUUCUGAGACCAUUAAGUAAACAUCUUUUUAUUUGAAUAUAUAUCAAUUGCAAAUUUUUGUUUCAUGCAUUCUAAAAAUUUGCGACGAUUAAAGGGCAAACCACUUCCUGGAGUCUAAAGUUAAAGGUAAUUUUCGUGGGGAGGUUUUAAUUUCGGGUUCCCUUUGGGUGUGGUUGUGGUGAAGGGUGUUGAUCGUCUUAGUGCUAUCAUGGUAAUGAUGAUAAUAUUUUUCAAGGUAAAAGGUUAAUCUACAAGGUGAGUUAAUUUUCCCUCCUAAAAUUUUUGCAAGGGUGUCCAACCUAGUUUAGGAUUACAAUCUUGGCCUACUGUUAUCAAGGUCUUUUCAGUUGUUCAUGCUUCUGGGCAAAUCUGGUGUUGAGUUUUGAUGCUUGCAUGUUUAGUUUGCAAUCCAUCACUAACCUCUGUGGCUGACAUAUAAAUGAUGAAACUAGUGGGCAUGGGUGGGUGGCUCAUUCAAACAUGAAGUGCAAUUGUGGGAAUUGACUUUUCUAUGCUUUUCCUCUCUUCUCUAUUUUCAAACAUCAUCAAUUAGUUCUAUCAAUGUUGUUCUAUUUCUUAAAUGACACCAAUGUUUUCAUUAAAAAUACAGUGUUUUUGAUCUUUUGGUUUUCUGUUUCCAUGCCAAAUUUUGGGAACUAUUAUUAUUAUUCAUUAUAAAAUAAUUCAAAUAGUAUGUGCACUCUGAUUGGCCAUAAAACCAUUUUACAUCAGCAUAUGUAAAGAUGGUUUUUGUUCCUCUUUCAUUAGUUAUUUUAUAAAAGAAAUGUAAAAUGGUUUCUGUGUUUACAUAGCCUGAUGUAAACACUCGGGAGGUUGGGAGAACACUCAAUAAGCUGGAAACCACUCUGCUUUGCGUCAUGGUUUCCUACGCUUAUCUUGUGUUCUCCCAACCUCCUGCGUGUUUACAUCAGGCUAUGUAAACACGGAAACCAUUUUACAUUUCUUCAAUAUUUCUGCCAUGGUACUUGAUCACUAUUUUCAUUGCUGUUGUUGAUGUAAAUUUUAUUAUCUUGAGGCCACAAAAAAUAAUUUAGUCAUUUAGUGUAAUAUGCAUCCUAGUAAAAGAGAUUGUUUGUUGUUGCACUGGGUCAAACCACAAGGUAUCAUGAAUUGAGUCCUAAAAAUUGUUUUGUUUGCCUUGGAUGUGGUUGGUUUUGGUUCAUUUUCUCUGUCUUCAAAUUUAUUACAUUUUCAUACCCCAGAAUUUGUUCUGAACUAUUUUACAAAAUAAAACCAUGUCGUAAAGAUAAAUAAGCAAAUCAUUAUUUAAAACCCUAACAAUUCAUUUUCCCUUUUUACAUUCAGGAUUCAAAUACCAGAGAAUAACCUUAUUUGCCACGGGAUUUUCAUCUGCAGCCCUUCUCUCUUAUGUAAUAUGCUUGAUUCGAAGCACUCUGGCAAUCCACUAUGUCCUUUUAAUUGUUGCAGCAGUAGCAAUCUUUGCAGGAAUUCUGUGUACAACAGUAGUUUUCUGCGGACUCUUCUCAAGUGGAAUCAUGGCUGGUUUUUGUUUAGCGAUGGUGUUCCUUCUUGGUUUUGCAUCUUUAUACCAAUACACAACACUAUCAAUACCAGUUGGAGUCAUCAUUGGGGUUUCUGUUCUCAUAGCAGGGGCAAAUGUUUGGUGGAAACGAGUUCUUCUGAUUGUUUCAUCAUCAAUUAAUGGAGGGGCAUUAAUUGUGGGAGGACUGGACUAUUUUAUUGAGGAUCUGCGAUUGCUGGAUUACUUCUGGCUGAAAAUUUUCAUCAAGAAUAUUAAAGGACAUGAACCAUGCAUGUUUUCAUGGAUUAUUUUGGGGGUGUGGCCACUUCUGGUACUGAUUGGAUUGCUGGUACAAUUCCUCAAAACAGCAAAACAACCUCCAAAACCUAAAAAGGGUGAGAGCCAGCGUAGAAAUCAUUCAACUCAAAAUGAUCGAAACAUUUUACUCCACCAGCGGGUUUAAAGGUGCCUGUAUUAUGUAAUGCUUUUCAUAACUCUCUGAAUUAAUUGAUUUUAUAUAGAGCUUGUGUUGUUAUGUGUAAUAUGGGACUAACUUACAUAAUCACUGUUAUUGUCCAAAGGGAUAAUUUGAAGUGACAUUGUACCAAUUGCUGUUAUUAAUAAAAUCUCACUGCUUUCAGAUGAAAUUAACUUAAGCAGAGUUUAAUUUAGGAACAAGCUGUAGUGGUUACUAUUGGCAGUCUUCUCUUGGUUGCAUGAAGUAUGCUCUUUGGCAUUGGAGGGAAACAUAAUCCAUAACUGUAACAUGGAAGUAACAUGCAUUUGUAAAUAAUUUAUUUAAAGUUUACUCAUGGUAUAGGUUUUGCAUUUCAUACAUAUUUUUGUUUGAGGCUAUCUGAUAAGUUGUUUAUAUUUAAUAUCUGCUUUUUACUCUUAAUAUCUGAUGCAAAAUUUAUUGUCAACAAAAUAUUUUGACUUACAUCCAUUCUUCAUUUUCUUGAGUAGCAUUUUUCAUUACAUGUACUGGUAAGAUAAAUAUUUUGAAAAUGAAUUUUUUGAGGUGCAAAUUAGAUAAUGAAAAAAAAAACUAUACAAAUUAUCAUACCAUCAAGCAACAGAAGGAGGGUUGGGGGAGAAAAUUAGCCCCACAGUUUAUAUACAGAGCUAUUCCAACUACGUGUAAACAAUUUUAAUUUGUAGGUUUUAAGUGGGAGAUAUCAUUCUUAAGUACAAUUGCUGCUUUUUAAGGUUGUAAGGAUUAAUGUUUGCUUGGGAGCAAAAAUAAUUUGGAUUUCUUACUAUGUAAGUUUAACUUGUAGUAUUAUGAAGUGUUAAAUAUAGAAUAGAAUUAUUUGUUGAGAUUAAAAACAUUAGAAAAUUCACAGAAGAUAUCCACCAUUCCUAUUAUUUUUUCCUUAUCCAUGCGCAGACUUUCACAACAAGCGUUAUGCGAUGGGAUCUCCAUAUUACUCUGCUCCAGAUGAUGUAGAAAUGACAGAACUCCUCGCAGAACAAGCGCAAGCACCUCCAACCCCUUCCCUACAUAUUGACCACACCCAUCAAAGGGCCCCCAUGCUAUUGAGAGAGGACUGACAUGAUGCAUACCCAGGGGUGUCCAGACACUCAAGAAAUGCUACUCAACUGAAUUCACUCCACAGCUGUGUUUUCACCUUUCUCAACAUCUCAUCAAGAAUUAUUGAUGUACAUGUUAUAGCUAAAAGCACCUGAAAGAAGGAAAAGGAUAGUUGGAUGAAAACUUCUGUAUCAACUUUUAAUUAACAGAUGACAGUACCUUUUGUAAAGCCUAGAGGGAAGGAUAAGCUUAGGGUAAAUAUUUUUUGAUUCAUCAUCAAGAACUACUUCUAGUUUUGGUAAAUAAUCAUGUCUGACUAAUCAAAGAAAACACUUCUCUUAGAAUGUAACAAAUAACCUACACAUUAGCUAAUGUAAGCAAAAUUUAAAGACAAUCACAUCUGCUGAGCAUAGUAGAGAGAAGACUUAUUCAUUAAUGUACAUAAAAUUAUGUGGACUGGUGUAAAUACUAAAAACUUGUCAGCUUUAAGAUUUAUAAAUAACUGCUUUUUGUAAUCUGUGGUAAAAGUACUUACACUUGAAUGAAAUAAUUUAUUUUGGACAAAAUAUAAAAUGUUUUGAACUGUAAGUAAAAACACAGCUUUUACAAAAGAAUUAGCAUUUGGUGGAUAAAGUAACAGCAGUAACAAUGAGUAAUCGGUAGGUUCUUUUGUAGCAAAAUGGUAAAAAUUAAAAAGCUGAAAUUUUUAGGUCUUUCUGUGAUCAUAACUGUUUUGUGGCUUGUGGUUUGUGUUUGAGUAAAAAGACAAUUUCUGAAGUUUUCUUGUCAUGAUUGGUUUGCUCUUUGAGUUAAAUUAAAACAUCUUUAACAAACCUCUCCUAUGCUCUGUUCAUUAUUUAAAUCAGUAGGUUUCUUUUGCUUUUAUAUUUUAGUGAUACACUUGUGCAAGAGGCUUCUCAAAAUUCAGGGACUUUUAAAUAGAAGAUGUGCACAUCUUACAAAAUGAUUAAAAAACGAGUAAACAGAUGUCAAUGAAAAAAACUUCAGGAUCUUAUGUUUGCCAGUACUUGAAAGUCAAAUCUCACAAAUGUUUUUUUCCAGCAACUGAAGAAGAUUCCUAAAUCAUUUUAUUAUUUCUAAUAAUGUUAGAUAGCACUAUGAAUUAUUAUGAUCCCAUGCUUAGGUACAGAAAUGUAGAUUAAGUGUAGAUUCCAAAGAGUUUAAAAAUAUGUUCAUUGAGAAGCUUAGUCAAACUAACAGAAUUUUAAUUUAUGUAACUUCUAAAAGAUAAUGAUAGAAAACAAAAUGAAAACAAAAUUUUAACCUUUCCUUCCAAACAAUGUAAGCAGUUUGUUGGACAAAUAGUUCCUACACAACCUGAGAAAAAAUUUAUAAAGAACUAUAUACUGACAAAGUUAAAGUUAAGGAAAUGAAAAUAUUCGUACUUCAUGUUCAGAGGAGAAUUAUAGUUUUAGAAAACAAAAUGUCAUCAAUAUUUAAUUUACAGAGAGGAAAAAAUGGAAUUAAGUUAAGGCAUGGUAUAUAAAAUCUUACAAAAAGAUAAAUUUAUAUAAGUUAUUUCCCAGGCAGAGGAUAAAUUGGUAAUAAAUUGAAUGGU